UCUUCCAGUUAUGGGUGGUUCAACACUGCUCUCAUGGUGGAAGGUAAAUCCUAUUUGCCUUGGCUGAUGGAUUGGUUGCAAAAAAGGGGUGUGAAAUUUUACAACAGGAAAAUAGAGUCCUUCAAGGAGCUGGCAGAAACUGGGGCAGAUGUGAUAAUAAACUGCACGGGGAUAAGAUCAGGAGAGCUCCAGCCAGACCCCGAGCUCAAACCAGGCCGCGGUCAGAUAGUGAAGGUGGACGCUCCGUGGAUCAAGCAUUGGAUUCUUACCCACAAUUUUACAACAGGAGUCUACAAUUCACCGUACAUCAUUCCAGGGAGUCGUCUCGUGACAGUUGGCGGGGUUUUCCAGUUGGGAAACUGGAGUGAACAGAACAACUCCACCGACCAUAAGAAGAUCUGGGAUGGCGCUUGCCAGCUUGAACCCAGUCUCAAGAAUGCCAGGAUAGUAGAGGACUGGUCCGGCCUCAGGCCUGUCCGCAGCAAAGUCCGACUGGAGAGGGACGACAUAAAGUCUGGUGCAACUUCAAUAGAGGUGAUUCACAACUACGGCCAUGGAGGCUUUGGACUCACCAUUCACAGAGGCUGUGCCCAGGAGGCAGCGAGGCUCUUCGGUCAGAUCGUGGAGCAAAAAGGCAAAGGUCCAAAAGCUCGCUUGUAAAUCUGUCCGGCAGCAGUGAUUGGUGCUCCUUUUCAAAAUUUAAAUGUCAGUGCCUUGUAUCUCAUAAAAAAACACUGAUCUUAUCCAUAACUAUCUUUUAAAGCAAACAAAUAUUCAGCAUCAUAUAUUUUUGAGGUAAUUACAUCACUUUAAAACAACAUAAUGUAUAUGUAACGUCCAUUAUUAAUCAACAUGUAACAAAGUCAAUCAUAGGAGGUUUGGGUCAUUUAAAAGAAGUAUAUAAAGUGUCUCUCUUUCACUCAUCACACUGUUUAGUAAGAAAUAACAACAUGAAUCCACUGCUCUUUUUGAAAGGUUAUUUACUAUAGUAUCAUACACAUUUACAUCCAGUGCAUUGACAAGAAUCUGUGCACACAGACACUUAAUGCAGCACUAUAUCUCAAACACUGGCAGGUAAGACUCGCUGGACCUGUACUAGUUAACCUUUUUUAAACAAAACUUUACUCAGUGUGGGCAAAGUCCAUCUUCACAUCACCUUUGUUACAAACAAAAGCAAAGACAACAACUAAACCAGGUAUUGAUACAGUAUUUACAGAAAGACAGAACGUCCUGCUAAAUGGUUGUGUAUGCAGCAUGGAUUUUAGAUCUUAACACCAUAUACUCAUGUUAAUAAAUCAUGUAAUUCUUACUAACUAGGUUGAGUGUUUGGUGAUGAAAAUACUUAGAUUUAGAUUUCCUAAUACUUCAAUUUACAUAAUGUUGUGUCCAGUCCAGGAUCUGUGAUUCCAGUUGGGCUAUAAUUAUGAAAUAUUGUCGCCUGUAUGAUGUUAUUAUGCUCUGAUGAGGGCUUUUUCAGAUGAAUGUAAAUAAAAUCACCACGUAAUGAUCAAGA